AUGCAGCGUCUACAGUCGGAAUUGCCAGACAAUCCUCUCGGCGGGAUUGCGCAUGCUGCAGGAAUCAUCGACUUCGUUGAGCUGAAGGCUCAAAGCAUGGAGCGCAUGAGCAAGGUCUUCAAGCCGAAGGUGUCGGGUGCAUGGCACUUGCACGAAGCGAGCAAGGACCUCGACCUAGGCUCCUUCGUGGGCUUCUCCUCGGUCUCUGCACUCAUCGGGCUCUCGCGCGGCACGAGCUACUCGGCUUCGAACGCCUACUUGGACGGCUUGGGCCUUUGGAGGCACAAAGCGGCUUUGCCCUUCUCCAGCGUCCAGUGGGGCCCCGUGGCGGAGGUCGGCAUGGCCAGCAAGGAUCAUUCUGGGCAAGCCGACUCGGCAUUGCGGCAGCUGCCGCCCGGCCACGUCCAGGCGGCUUUCAGGCUGGCCGUGGUGGGCAACGGCAACCGCGGAUGGCCUUUGCCCUCGCUGUGUUUUGCACAGGUGGAGUGGGGCCGCUUCCUGCGUGAGCUCGGGGCGGAGAUUCCCAUCCUCGAGGAGUUUGCCGGCGAAGAGGAAAGCGCCAUCGCGACCGGCACGGCCACCGCUGCCCUCCCGGCGGCUUUCCGCGGCCUAGGCCCCGAACAGCUCGAGGCGAAGCUUGGUCAGGUCGUCCAAGGAAUCGCUCUGGGAAUCUUGGGCGUUGACGAGCUCACCGCGGAUGCUCCACUCAUGGAGGCCGGCCUGGAUUCCUUGUCUUCAGUGGACUUCCGGAACUCCGUGGCGAAGGAGCUGCCGGGCCUGAAGCUUCCGAGCACGCUGAUGUUCGACCACCCCACGACGAAAGCCAUCGCUGCUUUCGCCACAGAGCAGCUCGCGGCGGCAGCUGCGGCACCACCACCAUCCCCCGUCACGGCGCCGGCGCCGAUGGAGUUGGAGAUCUCCUUCCCAGGAGACUUCGACUCCCUGAGCUUUGAGGAGAAAGAGGAGUUCAAGGCACAGGCGCUCAAGGAGAUCCUCGAGAGGACCGGCUUGCGGCCGGAAGAUUUGGAAGAUUUGUGUUUGGAGCCCGGGUCCAUCAUCGUCAAGGCCAAGUUCAGGGAGACCUCGGAUCUCCCGGCAAACCGGGCCCAGGCCGUGGUGGCUGAGAUGACCGAACGGCCCAUGUCUGUGGAGCUGGAGGGUCACGAAACCUUCUUGUCCCAAAGUGCCUCGAGCUCUUCUGCGGCUCCUGCGCCGGCCAAGAAGGGCGCGACCGCCGCCCGCUUUCCGCGGUCUUUGCCAGCACCAGGACCGGCCGCAGCCAGGUCGCCAGUUGCUGUGAACUCUGCAGCCUACCGCUUCCCGUUGGAGGGCACCGCACCGGACGAAAUGUGGGAUGUGCUGACAAAGAAGACAGAUGGCGUGACUGAGAUCCCACUGGAGAGAUGGGACGUGGAUGCCUAUUACGACGAGGAUGCAGAGGUACCAGGCAUGAUGACGGUGCGACAUGGGGCCUUUGUCAAAGGAGCCGACUUGUUCGAUGCCUCCUUCUUUGGCCUCAGCCCUGCAGAGUCCAAAGUCAUGGACCCUCAGCAGCGUCUUCUGCUGGAAGUGAUCUACCAGUCUUUCCACGUGGCUGGCAUGCCCCUCAGCUCCCUUACGGGCAUGGAUGCCGAAAUUACGGUCGGCCAGUGCAACAACGAUUGGGGUCACAUGGGCUUCAGCGGCUCCGCCGAAGCGUCGGAGAAGAUCGGACCCUACACCGGCUUGGCCGUUUCCACUUCCAUCUCCUCCAAUCGUGUAUCCUACUUGCUCGGCUUGAAGGGUCCCAGUGCCACCAUCGACACGGCCUGCUCCUCCUCUUUGGUCGCCGUGGACGUCAUCGUCUCGAACCUUCGGCGUGGCAGAUCCUCAGUCGGAGCGGCGUCGGGAGUGAAUCUCUGCCUCAUUCCGGGUCCGUUCAUCGCCUGUAGCAAGGCCCACAUGCUGUCAGAGGACGGACGCUGCAAGACUUUUGAUGCAUCAGCUAAUGGCUACGUUCGUGGAGAGGGCUGUGGAUCAGCCACACUCUCACUGCUGGACGGUGGAAUUGACUUGAAGCCAGUGGUGGUGCUGAAGGGCUCAGCGGUAAAUCAAGAUGGCCGCAGCAGUAGCCAGACUGCCCCACACGGACCUUCGCAGCAGGCGGUGAUCAUGACUGCCCUGGCAGAGGCGGAAUUGGAGCCGCAAUCCGUUUCCUGUAUGGAAACGCACGGGACAGGCACCGCCCUUGGAGAUCCCAUCGAGGUCGGAGCACUGGGGAACACUCUUGGUGAGGGCCGCUCAACCGACGUGCCACUGGCCCUCUGCGCAGUAAAGACGAACUUGGGCCACCUGGAAGGAGCUGCGGGCAUGGCGGGCCUCGUGAAGGUAAUGUGCAUGCUUCCUCGCCAACGGGCUCCACCAAACCUGCAUUUCCAGAAGCUGAACCCCCACUGCGAUUUGGAGGAUUUCCCAACCAACAUUCCAGUGGAGGGGCUGCUGGAGCUUGUUUCGGUUGCAGACCAUGUGUCGUCUGGCCUUUCCUCCUUUGGAUUUGGAGGCACAAACACACAUGUGGUCUUGGAAGACGCCCGUGACGUGGUGCCGGUGACCUCGGUGGAGGUGGCACCGGUCUUCAAGCGCCAGUCCUUCGCCUGGCAAGCGCGGCGGCACGCCCUGCUGUCGCGGACGCUGCGAACGGCCGAGGGCACCCAGGUCUUUGCCCAGCCCUUUGCAGGAAAGCUGCUGCAGCUUGUGAGCCACCACAUCAUCUUCGGAGAGAUCGUGGUGCCUGGGGCAACCUAUCUGGAAAUGGUCCUGGCGGCGGGCGAGUUCCACCUGAACUGCAAGGACAAGCAAUGGAACAUCCGCAAGGUCGGCUUCACAGCUCCUCUGGUGCUAAAGCAAGGCGAGGAGCAAGGAAAACUGGCGCGCGAUGUGGACUUGCCGCCCCGGCUCUCAUUGGGAUUCAGGUAUCUCGAGCUCUUCCCCGAUCAGCACUGGUCCAUGAGUAGCUACGACCCGAAAGAGCGGAAGAAGCUGGCGACCCAUGCAGAGGGAGAUUUGGACUUGAGCUUCGUCCAGCCAGAGUAUCCAUCCGUGGAUCUGGAGGAGGUGCGCCAGCGCUGUGAUGAGGAGGUGACCAUCGAACGUCUGUAUGCCCUGCGGCAAGUUCCUUUCUCAAAGAUCGGCCUGCCGCUGCAGCCUCGAUUCAGGACGGUGCGGCACAUCCUGCGCGGAGAGAAAGAGGUGCUUGCACGAAUUGCUGCCGAAGACGACGGCACAGACAGCGGUUACCUGUUCAAUCCUGCAGUCAUCGACGGGACCUUCCAGGGCAGCAUGGCUCUCAUGCUCGAGCGCCACAGCACGAAGAUCGAUGGUCUCAACUCCCUGCGCAUCCCGCUGAUGGUUCAGACAGUCACACACUAUGCACAAGGAUCGCAGACAGACAUUUUCGUUCAUCAUGAGCUCGUGGAGAUCACAGACCGGGAGAACUGUGUCAACUCCAAGCUGUGCAAGCAGGACGGAACGGCCAUGCUCGGCUUCGAGACCUUGAGGUUCCGAGAGGUUCGACCUGAGCACAUCGCAAAGAUGCUGCAACAAGCUACAGAUGAUGUGGAAGAAGACAUCUUGGAAGUGGACUGGGUGCCAAUGGAGGGAGCCCUUGGAAAAGCCAAAGACUCGACCGGCAAGGGCAUCUUAUUCGUAGGUGCAGCACCCAGGGGCUCGCAUGAGCUGCAGAAGUGUCCAUGCUUGGUUCAGUACGCCUCCUGUCAGGGGCGGGGGGGAAAGCCCCGUUUCGCUGCUUUGAGCAUCAAUCAAGUCUGGAAGGAUGCGGCAGAGCUUGCCGUGCUGCAGGAAGCGGUAGCCUUGGCACAGGCAGCACUUGCGGUGAUCGCAAAGGGUGAGGAUGCCCCACAGAUUGCCUACAUGACCUACGGAACGCAGGAUGUGGCUACAAGCAGCGGGGCCGGCAGCUACCUUCAUGCAGGUCUGUGGGGCCUGGCCCGCACGGUGCGUAUGGAAGAGCGAUCGAUCAAGCUUCGCUGCUUCGACUUGGACUCGAGGCACCAGGACCCGGAAUCCGCUGCCAAGGCGAUUGUGGAGCAGCUGGGCAGCUUGACCGGCGUCGGAACUGGCGGCGGUGAGACCGAAUUGGCCCUGAGAGAGGCCGGCACCCAGGUGUCCCGGCUGUCCCGCAGCCAGGUGCAGGUCCAGAAGCCCAUGCGCUUGCAGAUGUCCUCGCGAGGCAGUCUGUCGAACCUUCGACCCGUUCCCCAGGCCUCGCGACCACAGCCAGGCCCCGAGCAGGUCGAGGUGAGGAUCCGGGCCGUGGGCCUGAACUUCCGAGAUGUCCUGAACGUCAUGGGCAUGUACCCGGGAGACCCUGGCAAUCCAGGAGGAGACUGUGCCGGCACCGUGUGUUCCGUUGGGGGUGGCGAGAAGGAGGCAGCUGGCCUCCGACCGGGGCACGACGUCUUCGGCAUCGCAUGGGGCUGCUUGCAGACCUACGCAUGCACAGAAGCUUUGCUCUUGGCACCCAAGCCGAAGAAAUGGUCCUUCGAGCAGAUGGCUGCCUGGUCCGUGACCUUCGCCACGACCGAGGAGGCCUUCCAGGAGCUGGCGCCGGUCCAGAAGGGCGAGCGCGUCCUGAUCCACGCGGCCACCGGCGGGGUGGGACUGGUGGCCGUGCAGUUCGCACAGCGCGUGGGUGCCACCAUCUUCGCCACAGCUGGAAGCCCGAACAAGGUGCAGCACCUGCGGGACAUGGGGGUCAAGUACAUCACUAGCAGCCGGGAUGUUAAGAAGUUUGAAGAGGAUAUGAAGGCCUUCCUCAAGGAGGACGGUGCCGACGGUGUAGAUGUUGUGCUCAACUCACUGAGCCACGACGACUACAUCCCCAAGUCUCUGAGCUUUCUCUCGAAGGGAGGGCGCUUCAUGGAGAUUGGCAAGAGGCUCAUCUGGAGCCAUGACCAGAUGAGACGCGAACGUCCCGAUGUGCAGUAUGAGAAGAUCGCCAUGGAUUGGGUCAUGGAGUUCCAGCCGGAGCGCUACAACGUUCUGAUGCGGCGGCUCGUGUCCCAAAUUGAGCAAGGAUGGUGGAAGGAGGUGCCUCUGACACUUUACGAGGGCUUGGCCUCCGGUAUCGAGGCAAUGCGCUACCUGCAGCGAGCUCAGCAGAUAGGAAAGGUCGUGCUGACGCAGCCUUCCAGAAUGGAGUGUUCUGAGGAAGGAUCUUACGUGCUCUCUGGUGGUGUUGGUGCACUUGGCCUUGUGACAACCAAGAUGAUGGCCGAGGAAGGUGCGAAGUCCGUGGUGCUGCUUUCGCGACGUGGCGUGGUAGGCGACGACCUGAAAUCGAUGUGGGACAAGCUGCAGGACUUUGACAUUGAGCUUCUCGUCAAGCCCUGUGACAUUGCCAGCUUGACCGACGUACAAGAAUUGGUGACCAAUCUCAAGAGCAGCUCCAGCUACACCGUAAAAGGUUUGAUCCACUUGGCCGCCGUUCUGGACGAUGCCACGCUGCCAAAGCUCACAAGGAAGCACCUGGAGAAGGCCUACGGAGCCAAGGUCUUCGGUGCCCGGCAUCUCCACCUCUGCCUGCAGACCCAAAAGCAACUUCUGGACUUCGCCGUCCUCUUCUCCUCCACCUCGGCGCUCUUGGGCUCCCCUGGCCAGGCCUUGGGCGAGAAAGUCGUCUCCGUGCAGUGGGGGCCAUGGCGAGAGGUUGGCAUGGCGGCCCAGAAAGGAACCGUGCAACGGCUGAAGGCCCAAGGCCUGGGUAGCAUUGGCAACGUGGUUGGCAUGGCAGCCCUUUCCGGGUCUCUGCGUGCAUCCGGCAGCAUCAUCGCGGCCUGCCCGGUGCAUUGGGGACAGUACCUGAAGCAGUUUGGCAAGGCUACGCCAGCUUUCUACUCCCGCUGCUCUGGUUGCAACAAGUUUCUGACAGGGAUUGAGUAG